GGUUGGGAUUUGUCAAGGAGUAGGGUGCUACUAGCUUAGUAGCCUGACUGGGACCAGGCGCUGCCUAUACAGUAGACCACCUACAUUUAUAUUCUAAAUAGGUAGAUAGCCAGCUAAUGUUGAGCCGAGAGCAUGGAUUUCGACGAGUUGUUCGAUGAACGAACAUUUACGUUUUCUGAUUUCCAGGAAUUUACGUUUCUUCCUGGACACCAAAAGCUGUCAGAACGGGUGCGGAAGCGAUUGUAUUAUGGUUUAGAUCAAGACGUCUCUCUUGAUUCCCUCUCCUGUCCUGUCACAGAUAUUGCCGUGGAACUUCUCCAGAAGUCUGCCCCUAGCCCCAUCCGCAAGCUGCAGAAGAAAUAUGCUGCUCAUGUUGCAAGGGAGGCAUGCAUCUCUCCGUGUGCAAUGAUGCUGGCCCUGGUUUACAUUGAAAGGCUGAGACACAGAAACCCUGAAUACUUGCAAAAGAUCUCAUCCUCCGACCUCUUCCUGAUUUCCAUGAUGGUUGCCAGCAAAUAUUUGUAUGACGAAGGCGAGGACGAGGAGGUUUUCAACGAUGAGUGGGGAACAGCAGGGAAGUUGGAUGUCCAGACUGUCAAUGCCCUUGAGAUGAAUUUCCUCAAUGCUAUUGAGUGGAGCCUCUUCACCGAGCCCAGUGACUUCUUUGACAUCCUGAGUCAACUAGAAACAAGCAUUGCAGAGAGGCAGGGGAUGAAACGAGGCUGGUUCACCUACACUGACCUCUGUGUGCUGCUGGAACAGUCGGCAUGGCGAAAGGCCCUGACAGCCAUCUACCUGCACUUCACCAAGGUUGCCUGCAUGCUGGGGCUGGUGUACCUGACCAGCGUAGCUUCUCUCAUCGCUACCAGUGCCGUUCUGCAGCAGCUCAGCAUCCCAAGGAACCACCAGAGCCUGGCCCCCGUCAGCCCAGUCCACUUCCAGACUCCCAUUCCCCCUCCAGCCGUCUCACUAGACACCCCAGCCCCUCCAGUUCCCCCUGCCUCAAACCGCCGCUACUGUGGCCCAGGAAAUGACAGCCAGAACCGCCAGCCAGCUUCCCUCAACGACCAAAACCACAGUAAACCUCCAUCCACCUCUGUUCUGUGUUUAUGGGGCUCCCUCCUCACCUCCCUGGGUAACAUUCACCCACGUCCCCAGCCAGAUACGACCCUUACCUGGGCUUCCUCCUCUCUGCACUGCCUCUCUUGCAUGGGUAGGCAUCUGGAUCUGGUAUGUGGACUACGGAAUACCUCUGACCUCCUCGCACCUCACACUGGCCUCUCUGUAGCUUGGCUGGCCCCCUCUCUCUUCAGUGUUGCUGUGCCAGGACUGGAUCCCCUACACGGGGACAUAGGCCCUCUUCAACUUGGUCACCGCUGUCCUCAGUCCAUGUUGCCCCUAGACAAAGCCCAGGCUCUCAUAAUGCCCAGCUAGAGACCUUGAAAGCCUGACAGCCGCCCUGUGAUUUAAAUGAAACCAGUUCAUUUUACACACAGUGCACCCCCAUGCAGUCGACCUACUGGUUUAUUAUGUAAAUGUUUCUCCAAAUACAGUGUACAGGCCUCAAAGUAACAUUUUGUACAGGAGUUAGAUGACAGAUGUAAUGUAAAUAAGAAACAUGCCAUUGAGUUUGUUGGCUCAACCUCGAUUUUACAUUUUUAUAGGCGAUUUUGUAGCCUCUUUGGUAGAACUGGGAGGUGUUUGAGGUUUAGACGGUUGGAAUCUGAUACCAAUAUUUCAGGUUUGGUAAAACACUUGGCAUGCCUGUAACCAUGUUGUUCCUACCUGAGUUUGCGAUGGUCAAAAGAAAGUCUUUUGAAAAAGAUUUUGUUUUUGCAAAUUGCUUCUCUUCAUAGAUUUUGAGUUUGAUUGGGAUAAAAAAAGAUAUAUCUACUUUGGACGAUUCAACAGUUGAAUGUGAAUGUUGAUCAGCAAGUUGUUUGGUUUGAGGCAAUAGCAUGUUGACGUGUUUACAGAAAGUCUCGAAACAAGGGAUCAAGAAGGGAACCAACUAGUUUACUUUGGAGUGGAGUUUCAUUCAUAACACCUUUUAUUGUCUUUCAAAUUCAUAAGGAUUAUAUAAUUUUUGGUGUGUUUUAAUAGGCCUCAGAGGUCCUCUGCUGAGUUAACUAUUGCUUUGUUGAAGGCAAAACAAGCGCCCCUAUACUCUGUGUAGCUGCCACUCCUCUGCACAGACAGAACCAGCUGCCUUCAAACUCCUCAUGAUAGUUAUCAGGUGAAGGUCCCAAACUAUUUAUUACCAUCAUUGAGGCUGCUUCGUUUUUAACUUGCAGACAUAGGUCAUAAUUUCACCUUUUCAUUUUCACAGUUUGUCUCUCAUAAUACUUUCAUGUUUUCAUGCUUUGUUAUAUUACCUAACACUUUGAAGUACUUCCACAUUUGCACAUUAAUGUUCCUCAACAUAACCUUUGGGAAAGGGAGGGUUGACUGCCGAGUCACUCCACCAUUAUUUUGCUCUGAGCCUCAAGGCUACUUUGUGCUUUGCUCAUUAUUAUACAUGAGUGACCAUUUAAAGUAGGGAAUUGUGGUGUUUGUACAUUUUGUCUGAAUUUACAUUUACAUAUUUGAAACUAAGUUGGUCCCCAGGACAAGUUUGGACGGUGUUAAAUUGCCGAAAGCACCUAAAAAGUUCAACAGAAUUGAUAUCUUCAAGGCACUUUCCGGCUCAUUUCUGCUAAAGAAAAAAAGAAAGAAAUGAAAGAAAAAAAUACAUGAAAAUAUUGAACCUUUUUCAAAUGCUUAACCUAAUAAAAGUUUGAUUUCCA